ACUCUCUAUCCGUUUCGCUUGAGGGAGAAGGGAACUCAAAACCACAACUCCCAUAAUUCCGCGCGAGUAGCUUCUGAGGCGACGCGACUCCAUGACAGCCGAGGGCCCCGAGAGGAGACUUACAAAAACGCUUUUACUGGUUUUCUCCUCGGGUCGCGCAUGCGCUGCUGCCAGAGCCCUCGGAUUGUUUGUUCCCUGAGUGCGCGCGCGGGGGGUGGGGGGGGUGGAAUGUUGUAGGGCGGCGAGUGGGCGGAGCAGUUGCGGCUGCCUCUCUCUCGUUCUCUCCCCCCCGCCCCGCCCGUCCUCCCCAGUUGCUAAUAUGGCGUCUCGGAGAGCUCGCUCCGCCUCAGGUCAGUUGACAGCCCGGCUUCCUCCAGGGCCGCCUGGCGCAGUUUCCAUGGCGCUCGAACCUCCCAGGGCGGAGAUGGCCUGCCUUGCGCAUAGAGACGGAGCCGGUUGAUGGAGGAGCUGGAACAACUACUGAAAGUACGUGAAAAUCUGGCUAAAGUAGAGCAUGACAGUGAUGAGGAUUCAUACGAAGUACUGGAUUUAACAGAAUAUGCAAGGCGCCAUCAUUGGUGGAACCGAGUGUUUGGCAGGAAUUCUGGACCUAUUGUAGAAAAGUAUUCUGUAGCUACUCAGAUUGUAAUGGGUGGCGUAUCAGGCUGGUGUGCAGGAUUUUUAUUCCAGAAGGUUGGAAAACUUGCAGCGACUGCAGUAGGCGGCGGUUUUCUUUUGCUACAAAUUGCUAGUCAUAGUGGCUACGUACAGGUUGACUGGAAAAGGGUUGAAAAAGAUGUAAACAAAGCAAAGAAGCAACUCAAAAAGCGAGCAAACAAGGCAGCUCCUGAAAUCCACACAUUGAUUGAGGAGACAACAGAAUUCCUUAAACAGAACAUAGUUGUAUCUGGCGGGUUUGUCGGAGGCUUCUUGUUGGGCCUUGCAUCUUAAGGACAUUUCUCUUCCUGCUGGCUUAACCAUGAUAAUGAAGAAGGGUAGCAACGCACAGUUCUUGAGUGAGGCAGUCUGAGUCGCUCUCUAGUCACUCCAGAGCAAGAUGGAUGGAUUUGCCAGACAAAUCUUGAGUAUUUUGCAUUUUAGGCUUUUGCCUCCUUAAGCUUGCUGAAACAGGUUUGCUGAAAAAUCUAUAGUGUGUUGCAUAGCAUUCCUUGAAGGAGCAAGAACUGGCUAACUUUCGUCAUAAUUUUUAUUAUUGUAUCUCCAUGCAGAAUUCAGCAUAUUUAAUAAGCUAUCUUUUGGCUCCACAUCUUUUUUCCAAUUUUAGGGAUAUAUUUUUAUUAUUAUUUAAGACAAUCCCGUGCUGUGUUUAAUCAUGCCUUUGACUAAAUGUGUAUAUUGUGCUUCAAGCGCAGAACUAGCCAUCGUCUGUAGAAACCACUGCAAUAAAAAUAAUCUAUACAUCAGUAAUAUCUUUUUGCAAAGAUGAAAUAACAAGCAAUUGUGAACCUAUUAAAGAGUGAAGAUCAAUCAA